GCGGGAGGCGCAGGCAGGCAGCGCCAGGCACUACCUCCCCACUGUUGCCGGUUGCUGUCUUCUUCACUCCCCCGUCUCCUCCUCCUCCUCCUCCCCACCACCACCACUCCCUCAGUCCUUCUCCAGCAAGAGGCAGGAGAAAUUCUCUCCUCCCCAUGCCGACGCCAACUACCUCCCCACUCCCACUCCUCCUCUCACCAUAGCAUACCAUAGCAAUUGCAGAUUUCGGGGCCCCAAAAAGAAAACCAUGGGCGCCGCCCUCCUGCUACUCCUCGCCAAUGCUGCCGCCCUGCUCCUGCUCCUCCUCCCGGCGCAGGCCUUGAACCAGGACGGCCUCUACCUUCUCGACGCCAAGCGCGCCCUCACCGUCCCCGCCGCCGCGCUCGCCGACUGGAACCCCCGCGACGCCACGCCCUGCAACUGGACGGGCAUCGACUGCGACACCACCGCCGCCUUCGUCACCGGGAUCUCCCUACCGAGCCUCAACCUCGCCGGCUCCUUCCCCGCCGCGCUCUGCCGCAUCCCACGCCUGCGUUCCAUCGACCUCUCCGACAACUACAUCGGCCCCGACCUCGACAUCGCCCGCUGCACGGCCCUCGUCCGGCUCGACAUCUCCACGAACGACCUCGUCGGCCCGCUCCCCGACGCGCUCGCCGACCUACCGGACCUCCUCUACCUCAACCUCCAGAGCAACAACUUCUCCGGCCCCAUCCCGGACUCCUUCGCCCGCUUCGCCAAGCUCCAGUCGCUCUCCCUCGUCUACAACCUGCUCGGUGGCGAAGUCCCAGGCUUCCUCGGCGCCGUCGCCACGCUCCGGGAGCUCAACCUCUCCUACAACCCCUUCGCCCCUGGCCCCCUGCCGCCCCGGCUCGGCGACCUCUCCGCGCUGCGCGUGCUCUGGCUCGCCGGAUGCAACCUCGUCGGCGCCAUCCCGCCCUCGCUCGGCCGCCUCACCAACCUCACCGACCUCGACCUCUCCACCAACGCGCUCACCGGCCCCAUACCGCCGGAGAUUACCGGCCUCACCAGCGCCAUCCAGAUCGAGCUCUACAACAACUCCCUCUCCGGCCCCAUUCCACCGGGAUUCGGAAAGCUCCAGGACCUCAGGGGCAUCGAUUUCGCCAUGAACAAGCUCCACGGCGCCAUCCCGGAGGACCUCUUCCGCGCGCCCAAGCUCGAGACCGUCCACCUCUACGCCAACGCGCUCACGGGCCCCGUGCCGGAAUCCGUUGCCAGCGCGCCGUCGCUCUCCGAGCUGCGCCUCUUCGCCAACAGGCUCAACGGCACGCUGCCCGCCGACCUCGGCAGGACCACGCCGCUCGUCUGCAUCGACCUCUCCGACAACGCCAUCUCCGGCGAGAUCCCGCCGGGGAUAUGCGACCGCGGCGAGCUCCAGGAGCUGCUCAUGCUCGACAACAUGCUCUCCGGCCGCAUCCCCGACGCGCUCGGCCGCUGCCGGAGCCUCCGCCGGGUGCGCCUCUCCAACAACAGGCUCGCCGGUGACGUGCCCGACGCCGUCUGGGGCCUCCCUCACAUGUCGCUCCUCGAGCUCAACGACAACCAGCUCACCGGGCAGAUCUCCCCGGUCAUCGCCGGCGCCGCCAACCUGUCCAAGCUCGUGCUCUCCAACAACCGCCUGACCGGGAGCAUCCCGUCGGAUAUCGGAUCCGUCUCCAAGCUCUACGAGCUGUCGGCCGACGGCAACAUGCUGUCUGGCCCGCUCCCGUCCUCCCUUGGCGGCCUGCCGGAGCUCGGCCGCCUCGUGCUCCGGAACAACUCGCUGUCCGGCCAGCUGCUUCGGGGGAUCGACUCGUGGAAGAAGCUCAGCGAGCUCAACCUCGCCGACAACGGCUUCACUGGCUCCAUACCACCGGAGCUCGGCGACUUGCCGGUGCUCAACUACCUUGACCUUUCCGGCAACCAGCUCACUGGCGAGGUCCCGAUGCAAUUGGAGAACCUGAAGCUCAACCAGUUCAAUGUUUCCGACAACCAGCUCCGCGGCCCGCUGCCGCCGCAGUAUGCCACUGAGGCGUACCGCAACAGCUUCUUGGGCAACCCUGAGCUGUGUGGAGAAAUUGCCGGCUUAUGCCCCGAUUCCACGCAGGGGAGGUCGUCCAAGUACCACUCUGGCUUCGCCUGGAUGAUGCGCUCCAUAUUCAUAUUUGCGGCUGUCAUUUUGGUCGCCGGAGUCGCGUGGUUCUACUGCCGGUACCGGAGCUUCAACAGAUCCAAACUGAUGAGAGCCGACCGCUCCAAAUGGACGCUCACAUCCUUCCACAAGCUGUCGUUCAGCGAGUAUGAGAUCCUGGACUGCCUCGAUGAGGACAAUGUCAUUGGCAGCGGGGCAUCAGGAAAGGUGUACAAGGUGGUGCUCAGCAAUGGCGAGGUAGUCGCCGUGAAGAAGCUGUGGAGCGCGGCGGUAAAGAACAGGGAUGCCGAGAACGGUGGCUCUGCUGCCGACGACAGCUUUGAAGCCGAGGUGAGGACGCUCGGCAAGAUCCGGCACAAGAACAUUGUGAAGCUGUGGUGCUGCUGCAUACACAAGGACUGCAAGCUGCUGGUGUACGAGUACAUGCCCAAUGGAAGCCUCGGGGACGUGCUGCACGGCGCCAAGGCGGGCUUGCUGGAUUGGGCAACGCGGUACAAGAUCGCGCUUGAUGCCGCAGAGGGGCUAUCCUACCUUCACCAUGACUGCGUUCCGGCCAUCGUCCACAGGGACGUCAAGUCCAACAACAUCCUCCUGGACGCAGAGUUCAGUGCUCGUGUGGCCGAUUUUGGGGUGGCCAAGGUGGUGGAGGGGACUGGGCGUGCGGCCAAGUCCAUGUCGGUGAUCGCCGGCUCGUGCGGCUACAUUGCGCCUGAGUAUGCGUACACGCUGCGCGUGAACGAGAAGAGCGACACGUACAGCUUCGGGGUGGUGCUCCUGGAGCUGGUGACCGGGAAACCGCCUGUUGAUCCAGAGUUCGGGGAGAAGGACCUGGUGAAGUGGGUGUGCAGCACGAUGGAGCAGAAGGGGGUGGAGCACGUCCUGGACAGCAGGCUGGACAUGGAUUUCAAGGACGAGAUCGUGAGGGUGCUCAACAUUGGGCUGGUCUGCACGAGCUCGCUGCCGAUCAACCGGCCGGCGAUGCGCAGGGUGGUGAAGAUGCUGCAGGAGGUGCGCGUGGAGGGCAGGCCACCGCGGAUGGACAAGGACGGCAAGCUGUCGCCCUACUACUACGAGGACGCCUCCGACCAAGGGAGUAGCGUGUAGCUUGUAAAGUUUGAUUCGGGAGCACAGGCACAGUUGAGAGGUGCUCAGCCAUUGUAGGUAGCAACUAGCAAGGUUCCUUUCAAGGCUGCAAGCAGUGUGUUUUGAGUCCGGAAUCGGGUGCGGCAAUGGUGGUCGGUGUUGUGGUUUGGUACCAGUUGCUGCUGUGUCUGUGGGGUUUGUCAGCCACAACCACUGCAUUGAUUAUUCCUAUUCCUUCCAUUCCGGUGCAUCAGCUUCCUUCCUCUUGAGAAAGAAAGAAAGAAGGAAGGAGAGAUGUUUGCAUCGGCAAGGGAAUCAAUCAAAUGUACUGUAGGUGUGUGCAAUUAUAUUACUAGUAAGUAGGCUGCUGUCUCUUGAACAACUAGUAGUCCAUCACCAUGGCCCAUACCAUAACUCCAUAAGGUGGUUGUGUAUCUGCUGUCUGAAGCUAAGCUAGUGGAGUAGUCGGUUGAGCGACGAAGGGAUGCUGCUGGAAUGGAACCCAAUCCAAUCCAAUCCACUGCAGGUUGGUGAAUCUGACCUCCAUUGGCUUCUCAACUCUGAAAAUUGAAUAAUAGCAGCAUAGCACAAGUGACUGAUUCUGGAAA